AUGGCGAUGGAUCUAACACUGAACCGGGGGGUUGCUGUCCUGCAAGCAGCGCGUUCAGAGACCUCGCUUUUCAGCUCAUUCAUUUCCGCCUCUCCUGGAAUGCUGAACAAGCCUGCUGCAUUUCGCGCCAUCGCCCUCGCCAACACACCGCGCGUCAGAAUCAUCGCGAGAGCCAAUCCGGGCCUGGGCUCCGACAACGAAUCAGACGGAUGCGGCGCAGGGAGCAGCAGCACCGGCAGCAGCGCUGGCCGUGCCUCCAGCCCGCAACGUUCCUCCAGCUUCUCCGGCGGAAGCGGAGGCAAAAGCGGAGGCGGCAGCGGGAACGCAGGCGCGCAGGGCGCGAAGGUGCUUCCUCCCGCUGCUCACGGCAACGUCACCGGAGCGACAGUGGCGCUGGAAAAAGGCGCGCAGGAGGCGGAGGAUGUGGACGAGGCGACGCGGAGAAUGCAACGGCGCCAGCAGCAGCAGAAGAGGCGCACAGCGGCGAAAGCGGAGGAGGACGUGAGCGUUGAGGCGGGUGGUGACGUGGAGAAAUACAUUGCGACGUACAACCGAUGGGUCCGACUCGGGGGCAGGUUGGACAAAUGCGUGGGUCUUCUGGAGCAGAUGCAUCAGCACGCGCUCUUCGACCCCAACCAGAUCUACCACAACCUGUUCUUCUCCAUGUGCAAGUCGGAGCGCGCCGUGUCCUCCGCGUUCCGCUUCGUGGCGCUGCUGGAGUCGGCGGGCGCGGCGCAGCUGUCCUCGUACAACCAGCUGCUCUCCGUCUGCUCCCACUGCGCCGACGUUGCAUCGGCGCAGAGGGUGCUGCGCAUGGUGCAGGCGUCGCGGUGGCGGGCGGACACGGCGCUGUACACGGCGCUAAUUGCGGCGUGCUGCAAGGCCGCCAAGCUCGACCUCGCAUUCAAGGUGUAUCACGACAUGGAGGCGGCGGGCGUGGAGCCGAACGUGCGCACCUUCGGAACGCUCGUCGACGGCUGCGCCAAGCAGGGCCACGUCGCCAAGGCCUUCGGCGCCUACGGCAUCCUCAUCUCCAAGGGUCUGAAGCCGGACCGCGCAAUCUUCAACGCGCUGAUCACGGCGUGCGGGCGCGCGGGCAGCUGGGAGCGCGCGUUCGACGUGCUGGUGGACAUGCGCUCCGAGGGCCUCACGCCCGACCACGUCACCAUGGGCGCCGUGAUCGCCGCCUGCGCCAACUGCGGCCAGGUGGAGCGAGCAUUGGAGGUGUAUGAGGAGAUGCGCGCCGGUGGAGUGCGGCCGUCGCUAGAGGUGUUCACGGCCGCCGUGCACGCGUGCAGCCAGACCGGCGACCUGCCUCGCGCUCUCGCCAUCUACGAGCACCUCAAGCAACACAACAUCAAGCCUGACGAGAUCCUGUUCAGUGCGCUCAUCAACGUGGCGGCGCAUGCCAACAAGCCCGACGCGGCGCUGGCGCUGCUGCAGGAGAUGCGGCGGGCACGCGUGCAGCCAGGCACCGUCACCUACGCUGCUCUCAUGGGCAUGUACAACCGGCUUGGGCUAACGGACGAGGCGUCGCAGCUGUACGCGGAGGUGAAGGCCAAGCGCCAGCAGUCCGCCAUGCUGCGCCCCUCUGUGCCCAUGUUCAACGCCCUCAUCACCUCGCUCUGCCAGCAGGGGUGUGUGGAGGAGGCGCUAUCAGCACUGCAGGACAUGCGUGCCAUGGACCUCAAGCCCGACAAGACCACCUACGCGCUCCUCAUCGCCGCCUGCAAGGAGCACAGCAUGGUGGAGCAGGCGUUCUCGCUGUACCACGAGGCGCAGGUGGAUGGCGCGCGCAUAGGCCAUGCCAUCUGCGAGAGCAUGAUUGAAAUAUGCAUGGAGCAGCACAGGACGGGGGCGCCGAAGCCGUCCUUCUCCUUUGUCAUCGGCCAUCUCCCCAUGGCUUUUGACCUCCACCACCCGGACAACGACUGGGCGGAGUGUGGUCUGGCAGUGUACCGCCAGAGUGUGGCCUGUGGCGUCAUCCCCACUCUCAACCUCCUCUCCAAGCUCCUCUGCCUCCUACGCGCUCCACACUCCUCCUCCUCCUCGUCCUCCUCCUCCUCCUCCUCCCCUUCUAGCCCACAUACACCUCUCGCUGUCUAUACAGCAGGAGAGGAGGCUGCUGGUCGAUCUUCAUCUGCAGCACCAGCAGCACCACCUGCCUUUGCAUCCCGCCUGCCUCCGUCGCUCCCCUCGUCUGGUUUCGCGCUGAGCAGCAGCAGCGGCAGCCAUAACAGCGGCAGCUAUUCGUUCACUGUGCCAGAAACCGUACUCAGCAACCUAGAGUCGGCUCCAGCAGCAACAGCAGCAACAGCAGCAGCAGCAGCAGGUUCAGGUCGCAGCAGCGGCGGCAGCGGCAGCGGUGGUGCAGGCAGUGCCUCUUCCCCGCUUGCAGACGUGUUUGACCUCUAUGAGCCGCUUGCUUACUCGCUCUAUGAGGAGGCGGAGGUGCUAGGAGCAGUGCCUGUGCUCUCCUCCACGGCUGGACCCAUCUCCCUGCGGUUCGCUGGAUACCCACCAAACCUCGCAGAGGUUUGUGUGCUAGUGCUGCUGCGAGGCCUGCUCAAGAAGUACCGAGCAAUGCCGGGUAUGAAGAUCUUCCCCAUCGCGCUGCACCUGCCAGUUGAGUCCGUGGAGGUUACCCCUCUCAAGCGCAAGGGCACGCACACACUCCAGAUAGCCUCCAGGACAUCCCAAGGAAUCGCAGCGCUGCUGCGUCGCCUGGGUCUGCCCUACUUUGGCUACGAGUCUUCCGGUGUCCUUCGCAUCACAGCCAGCGCCGUCACACGCUGGCUGCGCCUGCGCCCCCAUGCCCCCACCACGGUCCCUCUUGCGACAAUUACCGGUGACGGCUCCUCCUCCUCCCUUGCAGCAGCUCCUGGUUCCUCACCGGCUUCUCCUUAUGGGUCUGUUCCUGCUGUGAAUCCCUUGGGCCUUCCUGUGGGUUCUGCUCGCGGGGGUUUAGGGUCGGGUAUUCUGCAGCAGCAGCGGGCGAUUCGCAUGCGCGGCGCUGCUGCCGCUGCUGUGAACCAGAUGCAGCAGCAGCAACAGCAGCAGCAGGCGCAGCAGCAGGCACGGCACCGGCAGCAGCAGCAGCAGCAGCAGCAGCAGCAGCAUCAGUGGGAUGAGUCCAGCGAGGAGGACGAGGAGGGGGGUGGACGGAGAAGAAUGGGGAGGUAUGGAGCAGUAGCAGGGGCGCACAGGAUGACAGUGGGGGGAGCAGCUGUGAGAAAGCAGCUGCAGCGGUGGUCUCCUGAGGCGCAGCUGUCUGGGAAGAAGUGGGAGAGGGCUUUUGCUGGGUGGGAGUCGGAUACUGAUGAGGACGAGGAGUUUAUCAUCAGGCAGGGGUUUAAGCACUAG